AACAAAAAUCCGUAGAGCAAGCUCGAGUCGAAAUCUCGCGAAGCUAAAGAAAUCUCGUAGUGAGAUAGAUUGCCAUUCUGUCAAAAGAUUCUGGCGGCCUCCUCGAUGGUGACUGAGAGAGCGAGCGAAGUGGCUCCGCGAUAGGGUGUGAUGGCCCCUUACUACAAGAGGAUACUAGUAAUACUGUUUACUUUUCAAGGACUUCUUAUAACAAGUGCUUUUAAUGAGGAUGGGGAUGUACCUGAAGAAUGGAUUCUCCUGCAUGUAGUUCAAGGUCAGAUUGGUGCUGGAAAUUACAGCUACUUGAGACUAAAUCAUGAAGGGAAAAUAGUGCUUCAGAUGCAGACUUUAAAAGGUGAUGCAGACUUGUACGUAUCUGAUGUAACUCUUCACCCCAGUUUUGAUGAUUAUGAAUUACAGUCUGUAACUUGUGGUCAAGAUGUGGUUUAUGUGCCAGCACAUUUUCGUCGCCCAGUGGGAAUUGGAAUUUAUGGUCAUCCCUCUCAUUUGGAAAGUGAAUUUGAAAUGAAAGUGUACUAUGAUCAAACAGUUGUAGAAUCUCCAUUUAGUGGUGGCUCAUACAAUCCAGAAGAAAUGAAAAUGAACCAGAAGAAGUUUCAUUCAACAGAAGAUGAGUAUCAAGAUGAGGAAUCCGUCUUCUGGACUAUAUUGAUUGGAAUACUAAAAUUAAUACUUGAAAUUCUCUUUUAGAUUUAUAGCUUUGGGUGUGAGCAAUCUGUAUAAAUAAUUGAAUAAUUGCUGUUCUAAGCUGUGGAUCGGAAAAUAAAGCCAUAAUUAUUUUUAUAAUGUAAACUUUUCCCAGUGCUAUAUUGUAGCAGGCACAGUAUUUGUAUGGUUUUCUCUAAACUGAUCAGGGUGAAUAUUAACGGAUGCUACAAUUCACUGUGAUUUUCAAUAAAACUUCAAAAUUGUAGAAAUAUGAAUUCAUGCUCAGUAAUUCAUCACAUUUGUUAAUAUAUUUACAAAUAAUAUUUUAUAUAUAUAAAGAUAGAUGUAAGACUAUCUUCUUUGGCCAAAAUAGAAAUACAUGUGAAAGAUUUGAAGAAUGGAAAAGACUUCAUCUGCUUUUCCAACCACCACUAAAAUCUAUUUUAAAUUGAAGCAACCUGAAUACAGAAUUACUUAUAGGCAAGUAUGAAGAUUUCAAACAUGAAAUGUUGAUGUUAGAAUUUUUAGCCCACUAAUUCCAAAUAAUUUUCCACAGUGCAAGUCCACCUAUAUCUACUUAAAAACCAUGUAAUUAUAGAUUCAUAGUUAUCACCUACUAGGAAGUACCACCGUACUGGCAGCUUCAGGGAACAAUACCUGAGCUUCCUUGUUCCAGAAUUCCUCCAAGGUCUAUGAGAUCACUGGAAAGGUAGAAGCUGAAAUGUUUUGAAAAUGAAUACAGUAUGUUCUGAAUAAAUGCCUCGAAGAAGAAAAAUACUAGGAAAAAACUCUAAUAUUGCACCACCAGGAAAGGAAUAAGAAAAAAAAGGACUGAGUUGAAAUUUUUGCCAUAUUUGCAUUAAUUUCAAGAAGCUGUUCAGAAAACUAUGCAUUGCAUUACACUAGAAACUAAAUCAUUUAUCACUGUAUGGAACACUAGUAUGUUUCCAAAAUUGACUUGCUCUCUUAACACCUUGGCAUGCAUUCGUACUCAUUUUCUGGUCUUAGCAUACAGAAGAAAUGAAAGAUUAGAAGAGUAUCAAUAAUAAGAAAUUAGUAGAAUGACAACAACCAUGUUUUUGUUCUAAACUGCAUGACAGCUAUCAGCUCAAAUGGCCAGAGACUCCUUGUAGAAGGAAAGAAAUGAGAAUUAUUGAAUUCACUUGAUUUAAAUUAAGCUUGGUUCCUAUAAAACACUUUAAUUCCACAAUAACAGCAUCAUAUUCAAACAAAUAAGAUGUUAAUUGAUAUGCAAGAAACCUGUAUACUUAGUGAAUUGUUUUGUGAUUUAGAGAUAAUUGUUACUCUACUAAUACCCUUGAAUUUAAUAAUAUUUUCCUUUGAAUAGGAUGGAGG